CCCCGCAGUCUUGUAAACGCCGUCGCCGGUCAUCGAUAUCCUCCACAACGCUGCUUUUGUCGUCGUCGUCUCGAUCGGACGUCACGAAACCCAUCCACCGCCGCCGCCAUCGCCGCUGUCCAGUCGCCGAUUUUGAGGCUGUAUUAAGACUGUAAUGGUUUUUAAACAAAUUGUACAACUUUUGAUUGAGAAAUGCACAACUCAACGUAUCCUUGUUUAUCAAGAUCAAACAGUUCAAAUCAAACGUCGUCCGAUCAGGAAGUCUUAGAUCGUCAAAACAGUUUAAUGUUUACUAAACUGCCAUUGCCAAAAUUAGAAAAUGACUUACAAAAUUAUAAUUUGAGAUUGGACAACAGACCAAACUCUGAACAGAACAAAGAUGGUACGACAGAUCAAACAAUAAGAAGGUAUAGAACAGCGUUCACAAGAGAACAGUUGCUUCGAUUAGAAAAAGAAUUUUACAAAGAAAAUUACGUGUCCCGACCUAGAAGAUGUGAACUUGCCACCGAAUUAAAUCUUCCCGAAUCGACGAUAAAGGUGUGGUUCCAAAACCGGCGGAUGAAGGACAAACGACAGAGGAUCGCCAUGGCGUGGCCGUACGCCGUGUACACGGACCCGACGUUUGCGGCCACGGUGCUCCAGGCGGCCGCGGCCAGCGCGCACGCUAACGGCACGCUGCCCGACAUAGCGGCCAUCGCCAACGCUUACCAAUACUCGGCGGCAGCGGCGGCCGCGGCGGCGGGGCCUUCGUAUUUCCACGGCCCGGGCGGCGGCGGCGGUGGCGAGUACGGUAAGUUCCAGCCUCAGCACUACGUCGGUCCAGUGCCUCCACCGCCCCCGGCACCGCCCACCCAGUCGCUUCAACAGAUGAUUAAGAAGCCGUUCGGGCCGUUCGUGGGCCACCAUCACCACCAUCACCAUCACCAUCAGUUCACGUCGGCUACGGCGGAAGUCGCUGCCUUAUCCGCGGCCGCCGACGCCUCGCCGGCCGAGUCGUCCAGCAACGGUAACAGUCACGCGGCCGCCUUUGACGGCCACAUUGCAACGGCGAUCGAACACAAAACGCCGACGGCCACCGCCGUGACGAUGGUGGACAACAACAAGACGACCAACGCGGCGGCCGCGACGUCGUCGUCGUCGUCCUCGUCGGCCGCGGACGCCGCCGAUUUUUCCGGCACGAGCUGCAAGUGUGGCAUAGUCGACUGCGUGCUGACCACUUCCGGCAAGUCGGUCAACAGUAACGGUGCGAUGGACGAGUCUACGCCGCCGCCGCAACCGCCGGCCGCCGUUGACCGCUUGCCGCCACAGCUGUUUUUCAUGACUUCCGGCGGACCGGAAACCGGCAAAGACGUCAUACAGUCGGCCGAAUGCUCGUUGGCCGUCCACAAGCACGUCUACCACAAAGAGUACUCCAAAAACAAACUGUUCCAGCCCUACAAAUCGGACGUGACGACCGCGAAACUCAAUCUGUAAACUCGCACACACACAAACGUAUAAUUUUAUUAUUAUUAUCAUUAUUA